AUGAAAAGACAACUUGCAAGGUGCCGUUGCUCUCGCAAUGUCUCUUGGAACCGUGCUUUUUAUUCUACGAAGAAGACCACUAAGAACUCUUCGUUGGCAACGCCGGCCACUAUGACAUCCAUGGUAUCUCAAAGGCAGGAUCUUUUCAUGACAGAUCCAUUAUCUCCCGGAUCCAUGUUCUUUCUUCCCAAUGGUACUAAGAUUUUUAACAAAUUGGUAGAGUUUAUGAAGUUACAACAAAAGUUCAAAUUUGGUUUCAAUGAGGUUGUAACACCUUUGAUUUACAAAAAGACUCUUUGGGAAAAAUCGGGCCAUUGGGAAAAUUACUCUGAUGAUAUGUUUAAAGUGGAAACUAGUGAUGAAGAAAAGGAGGAAUACGGUUUAAAACCGAUGAAUUGUCCAGGCCAUUGUCUAAUCUUCGGCAAAAAGGAUAGAUCCUAUAACGAACUUCCCCUACGCUUCUCUGAUUUUUCACCACUACACAGAAAUGAAGCUUCGGGUGCAUUAUCAGGAUUAACUAGACUAAGAAAAUUCCAUCAAGAUGAUGGUCAUAUCUUUUGCGCCCCUUCCCAAGUAAAAUCCGAAAUUUUUAACUCUUUAAAGUUGAUCGACAUAGUUUACAAUAAAAUCUUUCCCUUUGCCAAAGGUGACGCUGAUACAGAGAGCAAUUAUUUCAUAAACUUUUCUACAAGGCCAGAACAUUUUAUUGGAGACGUCAAAGUUUGGAAUCAUGCUGAACAAGUACUCAAGGAAAUUUUAGAAGAGUCAGGCAAACCUUGGAAACUGAACCCCGGCGAUGGUGCAUUUUAUGGGCCAAAACUGGAUAUAAUGGUAACCGAUCAUUUAGGCAAAACCCAUCAGGUUGCUACUAUCCAGUUAGAUUUUCAGCUACCUGAGAGAUUCGAUUUGAAAUUCAAAGAUCAAGAUAAUUUGUACAAGAGGCCAAUUAUGAUUCAUAGAGCUACUUUCGGUUCUAUUGAAAGAUUUAUGGCCUUACUCAUAGACUCUAAUGAGGGGCGUUGGCCCUUUUGGCUGAACCCUUAUCAGGCUAUAAUAAUUCCUGUCAAUACGAAAAAUGUGCAACAACUAAACAUGUGCAGUGCCUUGCAGAAAAAACUGCGCAACGAACAGGAAGUAAACAACAUGGAACCCGUUACUUUAAAUGAUUGGCAUUUCAACGUUGAUCUCGACAUAAGAAACGAACCCGUAGGGUACAGGAUCAAGUCCGCCAUUUUGAAAAACUAUUCCUAUUUAAUUAUCGUAGGUGACGAGGAAGUAGAGCUGCAGAAAUACAACAUUCGAGAACGUGAUAAUAGGAAGAGUUUCGAAAAACUCACGAUGUCUCAAAUUUGGGAGAAAUUUAUUUAUCUGGAAAAGAACUACAAGUAA